AUGCACUACUUGAUCUUUCUCCCUUUGCUUUUGUUUCUAAAACUUCCAUCAUCUUCAGCAUUUGAUACUUUGAAUCAAGGUUCAUCCCUCUCAGUGGAAGAACCAAAAGAUAUCAUAGUAUCACAAAAUGGCAUGUUCUGUGCUGGUUUCUAUGCUGUUGGUGAAAAUGGAUAUUCCUUUGCCAUUUGGUUUUCCGAACCAAAUCAUCAAACAGAAAACCUUACCGUAGUAUGGAUUGCAAACCGUAACCAACCAGUCAACGGAAAAGGCUCCAAACUUCACCUUCUCGACAGUGGUAACCUUGUCUUAAGGGACACCGAUGCCUCUCUUGUUUGGUCCACAAACACUGUCUCACUCUCUUCUAUUGAUCUCGUUCUUUUAAACACCGGUAACCUUGUUUUACGCGAUGUAGACGGUGUUACUUUAUGGCAAAGCUUUGACUCUCCUACUGAUACGCUUUUGCCACGACAAGUUUUCAACAGACAUUCAAGAAUAGUUUGUUCAAGAAGUGAAACAAAUAAGUCAGCUGGUUUUUAUACGUUGUAUUUCGACUUCGACAACAUUCUUCGUCUUCUUUACGACGGUCCUGAAGUAUCGAGCAUUUAUUGGCCGGAUCCUUGGCUUACUGAUUGGGCUGCUAAAAGGGCGGGUUACAAUGACAGUAAAGUUGCGGUUUUGAACACUCUUGGAAACUUUAGUUCAUCAGAUGAUUUCUAUUUCACGACAUCUGAUUAUGGAGAUGAACUGAUGCAGAGAAGACUAAGACUUGAUCAUGACGGAAACCUUCGCGCUUAUAGUCGAAAACAAAGUGGAGAAAAGUGGUAUGUUUCAUGGCAAGCCAAAUUAAGACCUUGUAAAAUUCAUGGUGUUUGUGGUGUAAAUAGUUUGUGCUCUUAUUAUAGUGACAGUGUGAAAUGUUCUUGUCUUCCGGGAUAUAAAAUGAAGAAUCCUCAAGAUUGGGCCUAUGGAUGUGAACCAGAAUUCUCUCUGUCAUGCAACAAAACUCAAUCUGAGUUUCUUGUGGUAUCCAAUGUGGAGUUAUAUGGCUAUGAUUAUGGAUUCGCGGUAAAUUACACACUUGCUCAGUGCCAAGACUUUUGUUUGCAAUUCUGCAAUUGCAAAGGCAUUCAAUAUACCUAUGUCAUAUCCGGGAAUGGUAAACCUGAUACUCAUUCAUGUUACCCGAAGUUGCAGCUGCGAAAUGCAUAUCGAAUACCGUAUUUCAAGGCUGAUUUGUACUUGAAACUUCCGGCCAACAGUUCAUACACUUACAAGGAAACAAUGGAUGAUAAGAACAAACUGGCUUGUCCUGCGAAUCCGAAAACAACAGUUCUUGAAAGAUCAUUCAACGAAGUUCGCGAAGGAAGGUAUAUUAAGUUUUUGCUUUGGUUUGUAGGGGGAAUGGGAGGAAUAGAAACCUUGUGCAUACUUUUCAUGUGGUUUUUCUUUGUAAGAUCAAAAAAUAAUUCAGACACAAGAGUGUAUAACAAUAUGUCCAUAAUUGGUUUUAGAAAAUUCAGUUAUUCUGAAUUGAAAAAAGCAACAAAAAAUUUUAGUCAAGAGAUUGGAAAAGGUGCAGGAGGGGUUGUAUACAAAGGUGUACUGUUAGAUGAACGAGUUAUAGCGGUGAAGAGACUCGCGGAAGCUAAUCAAGGCGAAGAACAGUUUCUCGCAGAAGUAAGCAGCAUUGGAAGACUUAACCAUAUGAAUUUGAUUGAAUUGUGGGGUUAUUGUGCAGAAGGAAAAAACAGAAUUCUUGUGUAUGAGUUCAUGGAAAAUGGUUCUUUAGCAGAACAUUUAAGGUCUAGUGAAUUGGAUUGGACAAAAAGAUUUGACAUAGCUUUAGGUACUGCAAGAGGUUUGGCUUAUAUUCAUGAAGAGUGUUUGGAGUGGAUUUUGCAUUGUGAUGUGAAGCCACAGAACAUACUUUUGGAUUCUGAUUAUCAACCAAAGGUGGCAGAUUUUGGAUUGUCAAAGCUAAGAGACAGAAGUGAUGCUAAAUUCUCUAGUUUUUCGAAAAUACGAGGAACAAGAGGUUAUAUGGCUCCUGAGUGGAUAUUGAAUCAUUCAAUAACAUCUAAAAUAGAUGUUUAUAGCUAUGGAAUGGUUGUGUUGGAAAUAAUAACAGGAAAGAGUGCAACAAAGGAUGUUGAUAUGGGAGAUGGAGAAGAGAAACAAGGUUUGGUUGCAUGGUUGAGAGAGAAAAGAUAUACAAGAAGUGCAUGGGUUAAUGAAAUUAUAGACCCUACCAUUGAAGGAGGUUAUGAUGAAAGGGAAGUUGAAGCUUUGGCUGAAGUGGCUUUGCAAUGUGUAGAAGAAGAUAAGGACAAAAGACCUACCAUGAGUCAUGUGGUAGAAGUGCUUCUGAAAAUAAGCCAUGAAGCUGAAAAUGAUAAUCAAGAAUCAGCAACUAGCUAG